AUGGUUGUCGAUACGACUUAUUACGACGCCCUACAGGUGCCGCCGACAGCGAGCGAGCUCGAAAUCAAGAAGGCGUACCGCAAACUCGCUAUCAAACUUCACCCUGAUAAGAAUCCAGGCGACGAGACGGCGCACGAGAAGUUCCAAGCUAUUGGCGAGGCAUACCAGGUGCUCAGCGACGAGUCGCUGAGGAAACAGUAUGAUCAGUAUGGAAAGGAAGGCGCUAUUCCGAGCAGCGGGUUCGAGGACCCCGCCGAGUUCUUCUCCAUGAUCUUUGGCGGCGAUGCGUUCGUUGACUGGAUUGGCGAAAUCUCGCUAAUGAAGGACCUCACCAAGACCAUGGAGAUCUCCAUGCGCGAAAUGGAGGAGGAAGAGGCCGCCAAACCUGAAGCCUCGAGCUCAGCUGCCACAGAACAGACGACCGGUACGACAACCCCCGCAGAACCGACAAGCGCAGCCAAAGCCAAAGAAGCCGAGGCCGCCGCUGAAGCCGCAAAGGGCCAGGAAGGAGCGCCACCUCCAGCAUACGGAGCUCCACCGCCUCCCUAUGUCGAGACGCCCGCCGACUCCUCCGCUGCACCCUCACAUACGCCGUCUAUGUCGGGGACUAGCACUCCCCGGUCAGGCCGCGGCAUACCGAUUCGGCCUGCUAUCAUGAACAAGUCGGAGGAGGAAGCGCGGUUGGAGGCGGCAGGUGUAACGGAUGCGGAGAAAGAGCUGCGGGAGAAGCAGAAAAAGAAGGGUGGCUUGACCAAGGAGCAGCGUGAAGAGCUCGCCGCAUACGAGCUCGAACGCAAGAAGAUCCGGGACGAGCGCGUCCAGACUCUCGCAAAGAAGCUCAUCGAUCGCAUUUCAAUAUGGACCGAGACAGACAAGGGCCCGGAUGUUACACAGGCAUUCAAAGAGAAGACCCAGCUCGAGAUUGAAAACCUCAAGAUGGAAAGCUUCGGGCUGGAAAUCCUACACGCGAUCGGCACCACGUACCUCCAAAAAUCCACCUCCUUCAUCAAGUCCCAGAAAUUCCUCGGCAUCUCAGGCUUCUUCUCGCGAGUCAAGGAUAAAGGCACGCUCGUCAAGGAUACAUGGAACACCAUGUCCGCUGCCAUCGACGCACAGCUCACGAUGGAGGAAAUGGCCAAACUAGAAGAGAGGGGCGGCGAAGACUGGACAGACGAGAAGAAAGCCGAGUACGAGAAGAAAGUCACAGGGAAGAUCCUCAUGGCUGCUUGGCGAGGUAGCAAGUUCGAGAUCCAGAGCGUGCUGCGCGAUGUCUGCGACGUGGUGCUCAACGACAAGAAGGUGAAGCUGGAGAAGCGGAUAGAGCGCGCACAGGCACUAGUCCUGAUGGGCGAGAUGUUCCAGAAGGCGGAGCGCGACCCCGAAGAAGAAGGCGACUUUAUGGCCUUCGAGCAGCUCAUGGCUGAGGCCGCGGCGAAGAAAGAAGAAUCUAAACGCGACCACAAGCACGACAAGAAGAAGAACAAGGAAAAGGAGAAGGCAUGAGUUCACUUCUCCCCUGAACCCUUGCCUUGCAUCUCCUCUCCUAACGAGCAUCUCUUAUCUUUCAUGAUAUCCAUAGAUUCUUCAUUCCGGCAGCGUGGGAUCGAGCGGGGACGUUGCUAAUGAUGUUUUUGAGAGCAGAUUGAUUCUGGCAUGGGAGAUUCGGAUAUGGAAGAUUGA